AUGGCUACUCACAUUAAUUUCAUCAAGGAUAUAACAAUUUCGAAGAUGCAAUGGAAGUUGAAAGUUCGGGUUGUCCGUCCGUGGGAAGUACCAGAUAUUUUUAAUUCAGUCACUACAUUUUCGAUUGAAUUGGUUCUACAAGAUGAAAAGGGCGAUCGGAUACAUGCUUCUAUUGGCAAGUCAGUUUUACAUCUUUUCAAAACACAAAUUAAUGAGCUUGGAUUAUAUCUUAUGGCAAACUUUAUUGUUUGCCAAAACAAAGAGAGGUCCAACACCACAAAACAUAGGUUGGGGCUGACAUUUACUCAGCGGACAACAAUGGCCGAAACAAUUGAUCCACUUUUUCUAAUGAAUAUCUUUGAUCUGCGACCAUAUCAUCAAUUGAUAAAUAAGGUUGAUGUGAACGAGAGUGAAUUAUUCGAUGUGAUCGCAGAAAUUGUCGGUUUUAGUAAGGUGCACAAGCACAAACAAGGUGGAAUUUCUAGGAAGUUUAUGGAUAUCGAACUAGAAGAUGAUGAGAGGAACAAGUUAUCUGCUACAUUCUAG